GGCGGCCAUGAAGGCGCUGCGGCGGCUGGGCCGGCACCGCGCGGCGCUGGGGCUGGGCGGGCUGUCCCUGUGCGCCGCCGUGCUGCUCUACCUCGCCAAGUGCACCUCCGAGGGGCUGCGCCCGCUGCCCGCGCCCCCCGCCGCGCUGCCCCACAGCCGGCCGGGCCGCGGCGCCCCGCCCGCCGCCGCCGCCCCUCCUCAACGCGCCGAGGGCAGCGCGCUGGUGGCCGUGGUGGUGAUGAGCGGCCCCAAGUACAGCGAGCGGCGCAGCAUCAUCCGCAGCACCUGGAUGGCGGCGGGGAGCCGCUCCCAGCGCGGCCGCGUGUGGAGCCGCUUCGUGGUGGGCACGGCCGGGCUGGGGCAGGAGGAGCUGCGGAGCCUGGAGCUGGAGCAGAGCCGGCACCGCGACCUGCUGCUGCUGCCGGAGCUGCGCGACUCGUACGAGAACCUCACGGCCAAGGUGCUGGCCACCUACGCCUGGCUCGACCUGCACCUGGACUUCCAGUUCGCCCUCAAGGCGGACGACGACACCUUCGUGCGGCUGGACGUGCUGGUGGAGGAGCUCAAGGCCAAGGAGCCGCGGCGGCUCUACUGGGGCUUCUUCUCGGGCCGGGGCCGGGUGAAGUCGGGCGGGAAGUGGAAGGAGAGCGCCUGGGUGCUGUGUGACUAUUACCUGCCCUACGCGCUGGGCGGGGGCUAUGUCAUCUCCGCCGACCUGGUGCGCUACCUGCGGCUCAGCAGGGACUACCUGAACAUGUGGCAGAGCGAGGACGUGUCCCUGGGGGUCUGGCUGGCGCCCAUCGACGUGAAGAGGGUGCACGACCCCCGCUUCGACACCGAGUACAAGUCGCGGGGCUGCAACAAUAAGUACAUAGUGACUCACAAGCAGAGCAUCGAGGACAUGCUGGAGAAGCACCAGACCCUGGCUAAGGAAGGCAAGCUCUGCAAGGAGGAGGUGAAGCUCAGGCUUUCCUACAUGUACGACUGGGGGGUGCCCCCCUCCCAGUGCUGCCAGAGGAAGGACGGCAUCCCCUGAAAGCCUGAGGGAAAAAAAAAGGGUGGUGAUGGACUCGCAGCUUGGUUACUGUUGCCUGGGGAGAAUCCCAGUAACCAGGGGUUACAAAUUACUCUACAACAAAACAAACAACAAAAAAAAAAUAAGAAAAAGAUUUUGCACGGCUCGUUAUGUCAGUGAAAACCCUGCAACUCCCCGAGAGCUGCUGACGUGGCACGAGGUAGAGAUGCUUGAAAGAAAACACAGAAAGAGGUGACAGAAAGCUGGAAAGGCUCCUGUGACAGGACUGGAGGCAAAUAAUAGGUCUCAAAAUACGGAUAGCACAGAAAAUAACGGGGAGAGAAAAGCUGCUGGGAGAUUUUCCCCAAGAUUUAUUUGCUGAAGACGGUGACAGGCCUUUGUGCUGCUGAUAAAGGUUGUGAAAACAGAGCCUGCUGCCGUUUCCUGGCAGGGAAGAAAUGUCAGUUUGGGAAGAGUAAAAAGGCUGCAAAUCAGCUGCUGUUGCCAGAGGGAACAGGGCUGGUUAUUGUCAGGGGCAGGAAAAGGGACCGGUUUCCCCUGGGAUACCCGAGCUGGGGGAGGGAGGGUGUUCUUGGCAAGGAAUGGAAUUAUUAGACCUUCUGUGUGACUUCUCUCUGAGCUCUUUGCUGUUUCAAAGGCACCGUGUACAUAACUUAUUCUGGAUUUUAAACCUGGCAGCUCCAGAGUGCUUAGAAAGGUUUAGGAAGGUGGGCGAGUUUGGUAUUUGGUGUGUAAGCUUCCCCUCCAAACACUGUGUGUGAGGAAUCAUUUCCCUUCCAGCAGUAAAUAAUCCCCUGACUGCUGCCAGACGUGGUGGAAUUCAGAUUUAUAUUUCUCUGGGCUGGUUCUCACCUAAAUGAGCAGUGGAGGUUCAAUCUGCAGUGUAAAGAGUCACAUUUAGGUGCCCAAAGCUGGACUGGGUGAGUUCCCUCCUCCUCUCCAACCUUGUAACGGGAUUUAAAAUGAUUUUGCAGGAGGUCUGAAUGAAUUGCUCAAGAGACACACCCAUAAAUGUGAUCAUGUCCCUGAGUCCUGGCCACACUGAGGAGCAUCAGGUGCAGAUUUUACCAGUGCUGGCACACACACAAUUCCACCUCGUUCCUUAUUCAUCUCCAGGCCUUUAGGUGAGCCUGGAAUUCAAACAUUAUAAUAUAUAUAUAUAUAUAUAUAAAUAUAAAAUAUGUAACACCCACAGGUAUUUUUCCCAGAGCUGCCAACUCCCAGGAAGCUCCAUCAGCUGGAUGGUGGCAGAGGUUUUUUUUUGCUUUUCUGUGUGAAAAUGUGAAUUUUUGUUCUCUUUGAAGUGUCCUUUUGCUGAGGGACAUCCUUAAGGACCAGUUUUGCUGUUUGUUGCACUCUGCACUUUCACACCCUCCCCACCCGCGGGAAGAGACAAAACCCCCAAAUUAAAACAACAAAACACACAAAAAAAGGUGCCAAUAUCUGCGUUUCUGCUUCACAACAAAAUUAGCGACUCAUACCAAAGGAAUCAAGUGUUGCUUUAUGUAUUUUUGUUGUUGCUGUUGUUAUUCUCAUUUUGAUUAAAUUAUUGAGGAUUAAGAAAAGUGUUUGCAGAAGGAAAAAACGGAGUUAUUUCAGCAUGUGUCCAUCCUAAUGCAUGCUUAGGUACUGCCAGGCAAUGUGCUUUUCCCAAGGUAUCCUAUUCCCAACCAGGAAUUUAACAAGAUCAGAAGAAGUUGAACUUGAUUUUCACUUUUUCUUUUCAAUUUUUUUUAAAGUGUCUGUUUGCCAUAGUGCUGUGUGUGUAUAUCUGUGAUUAAAUGCCUGUAAUGUAUUUAUUUAUAAUUGUAAUUCCUGGAAAUGUAUAUUCUGGACAGGAAAAAUAAGCUACUUUAAAAUGGCUUUUUAAACUUCAACUCCCUCCAUGAACUAAAACAUAUUUCUAUUUUAUCUAGAAGGGUUUGUGUGGGACAGACCCAUCAAAGUGAUUUUGAGCUCCUUAUUUCCUGCCACCAUCCCUGGGGGUCGUGGUUGGGAUGCUUUUUAUACUUGAAAACCAGGAUUUGAUCUCUUGGCAGUCAAAUAAAUGAAUUUUUUUUUUUUUGGUCCUUAAAGCAGCUCUGUGAGAGUGGGAAAGUUUGGUGUGAAAAUAAAAUUAUCCAGGAACAGA